AGACCGCAUCCGCUGGUCUAGGCUGUAGGAUGGUAGCGCACAGCAAGGUGUCAGCAGAUAAUGCAGUUGCAGCAGACCCAAGAUGUCUACUUGACCCUCCGGCACGGGACCGUUCACAGGCUCGAGGCUACCACGGCCCAGGCCGGCCCAGCGCUGUGCAGGCACAGAGCAACACGCACUUCCGAACCUUUCGCUCGCAAGCGGAUUUUAGUAGCAUCACUCGAGCAAGCAGCCUGCUGGAUGCCUGUGGCUUCUACUGGGGACCUCUGACUGUCAAUGCUGCCCACGAGAAGCUGAAGUCUGAGCCUGAGGGCACCUUCCUCAUCAGGGACAGCACACAAAAGAAUUGCUUCUUUGCCAUCAGUGUUAAGACUGCAACUGGACCCACUAGCAUCCGGAUAAACUUUCAGACUGGGCGUUUCAGCCUGGAUGGCAGCAAAGAGACUUUUGACUGUCUUUUUAAGCUGCUGGAACAUUACCUAAGCUCCCCGAGGAAGGUACUGGUUACCCCCCUGCGCAAAGUCCGUGUGCAGCCCCUUUGGAAGAGCAUCGUGAAGACUUUUGGAAGAGAGAACUUAAACCAGAUCCCCCUCAAUCCUGUUUUAAAGGACUAUCUGAAAUCCUUCCCAUUUCAGAUAUAAGUACAGCAUUAACUGUAUAGGGACACGUAAAAGAUGUGUAAAGAAAUCCAGCUUCCUGGGUUUUUAAACAUGUUUGACAGUAAGCAAACUUAUUUUUGUAGCAAUUUACUGUAUUUUGAGAUAGAACUUGAACACUUGACUUAUGUUUACAAAAACUGUUUGCACAAACCUGGGGUUUUAAAACCCUGGCAUAAUUUUUCUGCAAAGCAGAAUA